AUGAAUGGCCUUCAAUACUUGCUACCACCCGCAAUGAUGUUCGAUGGGAAGGCACGCCCUUUCUUGUUCGGUCCACCCUCGUUGUUUAUCGAGGACUCUCGGCAGUCCUUAGAACAAUCCCGUCAGAAACGAGGUCUUUUCGAUGAUGCGCUUUCUCAUGUCCAAGAUGCCGUUAAAAGGACAGCCGAGACGGCUGCGUCAACUAUGAUAGAACUCGCCACGACCCUUGCAACUAAAAAGACUAAAAAUAAGAAAGCUAGGGUUAAUCUCGAACAUGGUAACCUCUUCCGGGAAGGGCCUUGGCAGCCUGUCAUGGCCCUCUUGGAUAGCGGAUCCUCAGUUUCCUAUGCUCGGCGAUCAGAACUGGUCGCAUUAGGGGUUAAGCUAGACACCUGGAAGGCGGUUAGAAUCACCGCCAAAGCUGCUAACGGCACAGGACUGGCUUUGUUCGGACCUUUUCCGUUUAGAAUCUUCCUGACUAAAACCUUCUUUGUCAGCCACUCUUUAUAUAUGGCCGAAGAUAAAGAUUGCCCGGCGCCUGUUCUUUUAGGGUCGGAUUUUAUCACUCGGCUUAAUCAGCAAGGAUAUGCUUUGACCAUCGACUUUCAUCGUAAUACUGUAACCAUUGGUACUAAGAGCUUCCAGUUGAUACGACCUACAGACAUAACACCAGAGGUAGCUCCAGUGUCUAAUGUCAUGACAGUCCCAACACUAAAUCAGGGGCCGUAUAAAGUCCGAUUAUCCCAGGAUACUACACUGAGCAGGCGGACGAAUAAUAUCGUUCCAGCUGUUAUUGUCGGAUAUUUUUCGACACAGCCAGCAGACUUCUUGAUCGAGGAUAAUUUUCGGCCUUUCCCAGAAUUGUACAUAGUCGGAAGAUCUUUGGUUACUCCUAACUUUGAUGGUGCCUGUAGUGUGCUGAUUAUGAAUCCAUCUAAUAGCAAUAUAUUCCUUUACAAAGGAAUGCAUAUUGCUUCAGCCACUCGGCUUCCAGAAUGCCCGGCGGAAAUACAUGGCGUAGACCAAUACAAAGGAGUAUGCAGGGUAGACCUCUAUGGUGAUGCUCAAUUUUCGGGAGUAACAUCGCCAGAAGCUGACUGGGAAACCCGGAUGCCCCGGUUUCCUCUUUCUGCUUCGGAAACCCAUGAUGUGGUCUCAGAAAUCGACUUUUCAUCAUCAGUCCUCCCGCCAGCAGAUUUGGAAAUACUGAAAGAUCUAUUACGUAGCCAUUCGAAGGCAUUUGUAGGUCCAGAUGGCCAGCUAGGUCAGUAUAAUGGCCCCAUUCGCCAUCGAAUUGACUUAGUCGAAAACGCAGAAAUUCCCGCGCGGAAAAUCUAUAGAGUCCCACUGGAGAAAAGGGCGGAAAUUGAACGGCAAAUUCUGGAAAUGUUGAAGAACGGCAUAAUACGAGAAAGUACCUCUCCGUUCUGUGCGCCUAUUGUUUUGGUAAGGAAAAAGGACGCCGCUAGCUGGCGUUUCACUAUCGAUUUUCGUGGUCUGAAUGCGAUCACUAGGGCCCAACAAUCGAUCCUGCCAAAUAUACAAGACAUUGUCGAUUUGUGCGCUAAUCAGUGC